CAUGUCCAUGCCAUUUGCCAGGUUUCGUACUUACCACGACGUCUCAGCGUUGGUUGGUCGAGGAGCUACGAUUGCCGCCGCCGUCGCCGUGUGUGCUGGUCAUUCGAGUUCGCUCUCAAUCCCCCGAAGCUUCUACCCCCUUUUAACUCGCAUCCUCUAUAAACAACAUGGGCGCUCCACCUCCGGCUGGCGAAGAGAAGGUCGUCGUUCUGCGUACGGUGGGCGGCGAGGUUGCCCCCGCUUCGGCUCUGGCCCCCAAGGUCGGUCCCCUCGGUCUGUCCCCCAAGAAGAUCGGUGAGGACAUCUGCAAGGCCACCAAGGACUGGAAGGGACUGAACGUGACGGUGAAGCUCACCAUCGUCAACCGUCAGGCUACGGUCACGCUGAUCCCCAGCGCUUCGUCGCUGCUGGUCAAGGAGCUCAAGGAGCCCCCGCGUGACCGCAAGAAGGUAAAGAACAUCAAGCACGACGGCAACCUGUCGCUUGACCAGGUCAUCUCGGUGGCCCGCAUCAUGCGCGAGCGCUCGAUGGCCCGCACCCUGGCCGGCACGGUCAAGGAGAUCCUGGGCACGGCUUCUUCGCUUGGCUGCACGGUCAACGGCGAGGCCCCCACGGAGAUCCAGCGCCUCAUCACCGAGGGCGAGCUGGACAUCCCGGAGAACUAAGUGUUUCGUAUCGACUGGAUGGCUUCAGGAUAUUUGCAGAUCAAACCUCAGAGAUCUAUCGGGUAACCAUCGACUGGCGAGAAGGCGGUCUGGACUGCUGACUCGAUUGGUUGAUGGCCAAUAUGACCCUGGGAACUAUUUUGCAGAGCGAAGA